AUGUUUCGACGCGCGAUGAGGAGCUACGCAAAAGCAGGAACGACGGCGCUGCUUGGCGCCCCUACCCUCCUGCUCAAUCAACACGCACGUGCCGAGCAGCGGGUCUAUGUGAGCGGCGAAGCGUUGGGACGUGGAGUCCGUCUCGAGCUCUGGAAGGCUCAGCAUGAAAAUGUGGUGGUGUUGGAUUUCGAGAGCGAGUUGAUUCAGUUGGGGAUGACUCGGAUCCGCGACUACGAAAACGCUGGGGCAAAGUUUGUUCAUGAUGCGAACGGAGUGCUGCGGUCGACUUUGGACUUGGCACUUACCGAGCUACCGAACGAUGGAAGGGCUGUUGUGACGACCCCGCGCGGGUACAAGGUAGAGGGCCUCGUGCUAGAGGACGAUGUGAAGGUGUGCGGGAUCAGUGUGGCCGUGAAGGAAGAGACGCACGAGGGUCUGGCGCAAGUUCUUCGCACGUCCCUUCCAUACGGCGCCAAGUGCGGCAAGAUUUUAGUGCAAGAGCUCACCAAAGGUGGCAAUAAGAUAGCCAACGCAGCUCUACCGGACGACUUAGAUGACCACGAAAUACUGGUUCUUCUGCCCGAGCUGGCGUCGAUCUCCCAGAUCGACAAAGUCAUACAUCUCUUGAUGUUACAAGGUGUGGAAGAGAGCAAAGUCACGGUCGUGACUCUUGUUACUUGCCCCGAAGCUGCAGAUAAAUUUUGCAAGACAUUCGGUGACGCUCGAUUGGUGACUGCUUCCUUUGACGCCAGACUGAACGAUAACGGUCAUGUCGUACCAGGCAUCGGCUCUUUCGAAGAGCGUUAUUUGGGUACACCCAGUGUUGUCGUGGAGGUUGCAGAAGAUCCUACUGUGGACAGCAAAGGAGAUGAAAAGGCUCUAAACGCUAAGAUUGCACACAAAAUGAUGUCCUGGCUGAAGUAG